AUGUCUGCCGCCUAUGGCAGUCCAGGCAAUGGGCUCAUGCCCGAAGUUGUGUCCUUUGCCCAGAAGUACGGCUUGGCGACGCCAGCACAGGAGGAAUUGCAGAAGCUCAUGCACGCUUCUGUUGCUCUAGCACAGCGCCGCGUUACGGUCUCCGUUCCGGCCACGGUGGCCAACUUGGGGCCUGGCCUGGAGACGGUUGGGCUGGCUGUUGACAUUUGGGAUGAGUUUACACUCGAAUUUUCUGACCACUUCAAUGUCGAGCUCCGCGGUUCCGAUGUCGCGGAGGUGCCUCGCACGGAGGCGAACCUAGUGGUGCAAGGGGCUGCUGCGGCGUUCAAGGUCGCCGGGCGACCUUUCCCGCCCAUGCGGUUUAUCUGCGAGCACAGAAUACCCGUUAACAAGGGCCUUGGUGCGGCAAGCGCCUCCUUUGUGGGCGGCUUCCUCGCAGCCUCCGUGCUCUCUGCCGAGGAGUCGAAGCAGCUGCCAAGAACAGAGCAGGAGUUGGUCAGGGUGCGUUCUGGAACUUUUGCAGAUGGGGUCCCGUGUGAAACAUCAAACGUUGACGCGUUGCUUCAAGCGACGAUCGCCCGUGGAUGGAAUCCCGGAAACGUGUGCCCGGCCAUUUACGGAGCUCUUCAGAUUGGCAUUCCGACUUCCUCUGGGACACGCUCCCACCGCGUGCCCAUUCCCAACGGCCUUGUUUUGUGCCUCUUCGUCCCAGAUGCCAAGGAGGAAGGCAAAAGCUUGGACGUGGACACCGUGGAGCGGAGGAACGCGAUCUUCAACGUUGGAAGAUCAGCGCUUCUGAUUAACUGCUUCGCGACUCAAGAUUUUGCCAAGUUCCAAAAGGCAUCGGAAGACUUCCUUGCGAUGCCAACCAUCCUGGAGAAGUUUCCGCAUAUUCGAGCCGUGUCCCAGGCUGCUCUGACAGCUGGCGCCUCUGGCGCCUGUGCCUGCGGCUACGGCCCUGCGGUCAUGGCUUUGAUCCAGGGCCGCACGGGCGAUGUGCUCGCGCAGUCGGCUUCCAAUCAGCUUGAGCAGGAUGUCGCGAAAGCGAUGCUGACCGCCGGGGAGGAGUGCCUUGUGAACGGUCAAAUUCUGAUUGCAAAGCCAGUGGAUGUGGGAGCACAUGUGGUUGCCGAGAAAUCGACCCUGGGACCAUCGGACGAGAGGUCACGCAUUGUAUACUUUCAAUAG